CGUAUUUGCGUCUGUUGGAUCUAUGGGGGACUGGGUUCGGUUUUUGUUCUUUGGGGGCUGAUGGGUUAAGGUCGGAACGAAGCACGUGAUUCCAGGAAACCUUAAAAAAAAAAAAAAAACAACAGCUUUUCGUGCUGACUUCAGUGAACUUGGUGCUGAGUCGUCAGUCUGGCGGCGGGUCAGCUGACCCCUGGCCAGCACCAAACAAACCCACAAAAUAACAAUUGGAAGAAGACCGGUUUGUAUUUGGGAUUCAGCUUCGGACUUUAAUAGCCUUCCUGACGUGCCUCUUGACCGGCAGACUAUGUGGAAAGGCAGCGUCUUCACCCAGAGCUCGCCCGGAUGGACAGAUUCAGGAAACUUCACCUCGUUGUGUCCGAAUGGCUCCCGGUGGGUUUGGGAAGGCCUGGGGGAAUGCGCCCAGGAUGGGAGGGACAUGGCCAGCGUCUGCCUGGGCCUCCUGUCCAUCGUCUGUUUCAUGGUGUCCUCUCUUCCUCAGUACUAUAGUUCCUGUAAAAAGGGGAAUAUGGACAGUGCCCUGUCGGUUUGGUUCCUGCUGCUGUGGUUGGGAGGCGAUUCCUGCAAUCUGAUUGGCUCCUUUCUAGCUGACCAGCUUCCACUUCAGAUCUACACAGCGAUUUAUUAUGUCUUGGCUGACCUGCUGAUGCUCGCCAUGUACACCUACUACAAAAUGAGACACAGAGUGGCUCACAGGAGGACAGUUCUGAACGUCGUGGGCAUUUCUUGCGUUCUGGGCCUCACUGCUGGUCUGGCCCACUGCCCUGGGGUCGACCCCGAACCUGAAAUGAUCUUCUCUGGGUUCAGGAGCCGCUCUUUGCUCUCAACCUCUGAUGCUAGCUCUAUUCAGCCUUUUACCCCUAAAGAGAUUGUUGGUUUCUCCAUUGGGUCGGUGUCAUCAGUCCUCUACCUCUGCUCUAGACUGCCACAAAUGCACAGAAAUUUUAAGAGGAAGUCGACGGAGGGAGUGUCUUACUUCUUGUUUGCUCUCGUCAUUUUGGGGAACACCACCUACGGCCUGAGUGUCUUACUGAAGAACCCUGAGAGGGGCCAGAGCGAGAAAAGCUACCUGGUCCAUCACCUCCCCUGGCUCAUCGGCAGCCUCGGAACGCUCAGCCUGGACCUCAUCAUCUCAGUGCAGUUCUUGAUCUACCGUAAGGCUCCGGUUCAGAACGUGAACGGGAGCCUGGGAACUGAUGAGACGGCGCCGCUGAUCCCGAGCUGAACCGGCGGACGGAGGAGAAGCUCCAGGAUCUCCAAUCAAACUCACUUGGUCAACACACGCAAACUGCAAUCCGUCAAGUUUUAGUUUUUAUUUAUUGACUGUUCGUCCUGAUUAAUGUUUACAGAUGGGACUUUUUCUUAUUGCCGCAAUGGAAGUACAGAUAAAAAUUCUUAAUUUAUCUGCCUUUUAAUUUGGGUUUCAGACGUCGGACGUGGAGCUUUGAGUCGUAACGUCAAGCAUCCUGUAAAUGUUGAUGGUAUUUGGCAGACUAGACCAUUCCACAGAUGUUUUCUCUGAACCAACUACGGUGCUGUAAAGUUUCUGAACCGCCACAUUCAACCCCGUCUGUGGUGGUUAAAUGUGCCAGAAUAACUCCACUGUCUGGUGUUGUCCUUUUAAGACUUUACCUUGUAUUUACAUCUGCUCUCCCUCAACCUGCAGCAAAAACAUGUCAGAACAGAGCAGAUCUUUUAUGCAGACCGUUCAUAUUUUCCUUGUAGUUUCAGGUUUUUACUCGGUGUUUUUGUGAAGAUGCAUGACCAGUUUUGAUUGCACUUCUUGAGUUUUAAAACUGUCUCAAAACAAUGAUUUUUUUUUUUUUUUUUUUUGCCUCUUUAAUUUGCACAUUUUGUUGUCUGUUUUUGCACAUUUUAAUGUGAAAAUUGGUUUUAUAUUAUAAAUGAUAAACGUAUCUAGUCGGUCUGUGUACUGUAAAGAAAUAAACAAAAUGAAGACGA